UGUGCAGCGUUUUGAUUGGACGAGCGACUGUUGUUUACAGAAACCGGAAGAAGCUCUAACCUUGACCAUAAAGCAAAAAUCACAUGUGCGACAGGGUUAGGGGGAAAAAAAGCCUAAAAUUCAACGAUUCUUUUGUUUUUAAUCUAAAAACCUUACCAAGACUAAUUUAAGAGCGUUCAUUAAUUUUUCCGGUAGUGGUUCCGUUUCUCCGUGUACCCGUUUUUCUGCGUAAACUAAAUCUUUUAGCUAGCUAAAUGAACGUAUAGCACUUACCAAAUCAUUUCGGGACGCCUGGAGUAAAUAUCGUUGGGUGGCCUUCAUGUGGGCGUCGUCUGCUGUCCAACGAUGAGGUUCCCUUUUCUUUUUGUUACCAGAAGCUGUAAGGUUGUUCACAGACUGCAACGGAGCACGGUUUUAUCACCAAUUUCAGCUCUGUCGGGACAUCAGAGGAUCGCCGUGUUGAGCCAUCUCUGCAAAGACGAGAGGAGUUACUACAUAACCACUCCCAUCUUCUAUGUUAACGCUUCUCCUCAUUUAGGACACCUGUACUCAGUUGUGAUAGCCGACUGCCUACACAGGUAUAAGCUGCUUCGGGGCUUCAACGCAAAGUUUUCAACAGGCACAGAUGAACAUGGCUUAAAAAUCCAACAAGCUGCUGAAGCUGCUGGAAAAGAUCCCCUGACCUUCUGCACCGAAGUGUCUGAGAGAUUCAAACAUCUCUUCAGCAGCUGCAACAUUUCGUACACAGACUACAUAAGAACCACUGAGCAGAGACACUGUCAGACUGUGGAGCAUUUCUGGUCAGUGCUCUGGAACAAAGGGCUCAUCUACAAGGGGAGUUAUGAAGGCUGGUACUCCACACAGGAUGAAAGCUUCCUCACGCCGUCGCAGGUGGGCGAUGCUUUGGACUCAUCGGGGAAGGAGAUCAAGGUAUCGCUGGAGAGUGGACACAAGGUGGAGUGGAUGAAAGAGGAGAACUACAUGUUCCGUCUGUCUACGUUUCGGUCUCAGCUGCUCGACUGGCUCAGAGGAAAUCCCCGGGCCAUACAGCCUGAGCGUUUCUACCAGGCUGUUCUCCAGUGGCUGCAGAACGACCUUCCUGACCUCUCGGUGUCCCGUCAGAGAAGCCGCCUUCAGUGGGGCAUCUCUGUCCCCGACGACCCCGAUCAAACCAUCUACGUGUGGUUAGAUGCUCUGGUGAAUUACCUGACAGUAGCUGGCUAUCCAGAUAGACACGAGCGUUGGUGGAAUGUGGUCCACCACAUUGUAGGAAAGGAUAUCUUGAAAUUUCAUGCCAUCUACUGGCCAGCUUUCCUUCUAGGGGCUGGACUGCCGCUGCCACAGACGAUACAUGUGCACUCUCACUGGACAGCAGGAGGAAAGAAGAUGUCUAAGAGUUUGGGUAAUGUGGUAGAUCCUCUUCAACGCUCACAGAUGUUCACAACUGAUGGCAUGAGGUACUUUCUACUGCGUCAGGGUGUCCCCGACUCAGACUGUGAUUACACAGAUCACAAAGUAAUCAAGCUGCUCAACGCAGAGCUAGCCGACUCUCUGGGUGGUCUGCUUAACCGCUGCACAGCUCCGGCUCUUAACCCAGCUCAGGUCUACCCCUCGUUCUGCCCUCAGUCCUUCCCUAGAGAACAGGGAGGCAGGGCUGUGGUUGAAGACUACCAAAUGUUGGACGCUGUGAAAAAUCUCCCUGCUGUGGUAGAGCAACACUACGAGAGCAUGCAUGUAUACAAAGCCCUGGAGGCCGUCACUGCUUGUGUAAGGCAGACCAACGGGUUUGUUCAGCGCCACGCACCUUGGAAGCUGGACAAGAGAAACAGUAAAGAGCAGCACUGGCUAGACACCAUCAUCCACGUCUCCCUUGAAUGCCUGAGGAUUUAUGGCACACUGCUCCAGCCAAUAGUGCCAGAAAUUUCUAACAAACUCCUCUCCAGACUCGGGGUGCAACCAGCCGAGAGGAGCUGGGCGGCUCUGAACUUCCUGCCAAGGUAUCAGGGAAUGGAGUGUCCCUUUGAAGGGAGAGCGCUGGGAUCUGACUGUGGAGUACUUUUUAGUCGCUUGGAAAGUCAGAAUGUAGAUAAACAAAAACCUAACAAAGCAAAAAAUGCAGCAAAAUUGAAAUGAAGAAAUUGUUGUUCCCUGUAGAUGGAUUCAGUUAGUAAGAAAUAAAGGUCCUGUGGCUCACGUC